AAGCCAGCAUCUUAGCUAAGAAGGCAAGAUGUGUUACAGCCGUCUUCUCCUCCUGUCCCUUCUGUUCUGCCUUGGCUCUGCCUCCGGGAGUUCAAGAACUCUGAGCUCUACACAUUCCCUGGAAUUGACCACUCCAACAUUACCUGAGACUACAUUACCCGAGACUACGGCUGCCUGGCUGCCUUCGGGAGGCUCGUCGUGGACAGAAGGUGGUACUCUGUCUCAGUCACUUUCCAAUUUCACUGGGUCUGUGGACAGCCAUGGGACCUGCCAGUGUUCUGUUUCCCUGCCGGACACCAGUUUUCCUGCUGACAGAGUGGAGCGCUUGGAGUUCACAGCUCACACCCUUUCUCAGAAAUUUGAGAGAGAGUUUUCUAAGGUGAAGGAGUAUGUCCAGCUGAUAAGUGUGUAUGAGAAGAAGCUCCUGAACCUGACUGUCCGAGUAGAGGUCAUGGAGAAGGACAGCAUUUCUUAUACAGAACUGGACUUUGAGUUGAUCAAGCUGGAGGUGAAGGAGAUGCACAAACUGGUCAUACAGCUGAAGGAGAACUUUGUUGGAAGUACAGAUAUUAUUGACAUGCUUGAAGUGGAGAUAAGGAAUAUGACUCUCCUGGUAGAGAAGCUGGAGACGCUAGACCAAAACAAUGUCCUUAGCAUUCGCCGGCAGAUCUUGGCUCUGAAGACCAAGCUGAAGGAAUGUGAGGACUCUAAAAGUGGCCUUGUGCCUGCCACACCCCCUCCUCCUGCUCCUGGAAGCUGUAGCCAUGGCGGUGUGGUGAACAUCAGCGCUCCUUCUGUGGUUCAGCUCAACUUUCAAGGGUUUAAUUAUAAAUAUGGUGCCUGGGGCCGAGAUUACUCUCCUCAGCAUCCAGAGAGAACCCUGUACUGGGUGGCACCUUUGAAUACAGAUACCAGGGCUCUAGAGUAUUACAGACUUUAUGACUCACUGGAUAAUCUGUUACUCUAUUCACAUUCCAGACAGUAUCGGAUUGCCUAUGGCCAAGGGGGUGGUACAGUAGCAUUCAACAACAGCCUGUAUGUGAAUUGGUACAAUGGGAGAAACAUUGCCAAAAUUGACCUAACUACCAAUGGAGUCACUGUGAAUCAGCCCCUCCCUCAGGCUGCCUACAAUAACCGCUUUUCAUAUGCUAAUGUGAAUUGGCAAGACAUUGACCUUGCUGUGGACGAGCAAGCACUGUGGGCAAUUUAUGCAACUGAGGCCAGCACUGGUAACAUAGUGAUUAGUAAGCUCAAUGAUACCACUCUUGAGGUGAUAAGCACUUGGGUUACCAAGCAGUACAAGCCGUCUGUUUCUAAUGCCUUCAUUGUAUGUGGAGUUCUUUACGCUACUCGCACUUUGAACACCAGAACAGAAGAGAUCUUUUACUACUAUGACACAAACACACAGAGGGAAGGCAGUCUAGCCAUCACAAUGAGAAAGAUGCAGGAAAGAAUUCAGAGCAUUAAUUAUCAUCCCUAUGACCACAAACUUUAUGUCUACAAUGAUGGUUAUCUUUUGAACUAUGAUCUUGUCUUCUUACAGACACCCAAGCAACCUGUCUAAGUGUUAGGCACUAAACUAAUUGAAGGAGGAAUGAAAAGUUUGUUGGAAAUUGUUUUCUCCACGUAUUUAGAUAUCUGUAGGGAAGUCUAGGAGUGUAUUUCUUUAGGCAUGGUGUUAGUAGAGAUAGUUCUGUCACAACAGAGACCUGGGCUGUUUGUCUCAAUUUGAUUUCUCUUGGGAACCAUCAUCCUCUUUGGAUAGAUUUAACAACUGAAAUAAGGUCUUUCCAGGUAAGAUUCUCAGAUGCUAGGGAUACUAUGAGUCUAAUGAAGUUUCUAGUGAGGUGAAGUCUAGAAGUUAAAGAACUUAAGGGGAACUCAGUAUGAAUUCUGGGAAUCCUUUCUCUUGAAGAAUUUGUGUGGUAACCAGUCAACCUACCACAUAGGACCAUUGAAUUGUACAUGUGGAAAGGAUACUAGGGCUUAAUUAGGUAGGUCAUCAUCAGAAGGUCAACAUGAGAUCAAAUAUUUAGCUUUGUUUUCCUCCUGGCUCCUGGAACCUGUUUUAUGUACCAGAUAGUUACAUUUGCCAUCUUAAAUGGUACCUGCUAUAUGUUUUGAAUUUUCUGGAGAAUUGGCCUAUUGUACAGGGAAAUCAAUCCAGGAAGACUUUUCAGAUGCUAUACUUGGCUUUUCUUUUCUCUCAUUCUUCACCUAUAUAACUCAGUAGAACCCUUUACCUCAUAAUUCAGGUCCCAAGGCAGACGUAAAAUUAGAAGCAGACUUAAUAACAAGCACCUUUCUCUACUGCUUAUAUGUUUUUCUUAAACAUUGACUAGUUUUUUUUAUGAAACAUACAUAAAAUCAAUUAACUUUCUUUUGUCUUAUCAUGCAAUAUUGGUUUAUGUAAUUACAAGACUGUAAAAAAACAGUUGUCAGUGACAUAAUGGCAGUAUUUCUAGUUAUAUAGUAAAGAUUGUGGAGUAAGUUGUACUGGUUUCUCUCUUUAAGUCUGGAAUUUGCAAGAAAGUGAAAUUUUAUACAUAUAAACAUUUAUAUAUAAAAAUAAUAUAGAAAAGUACUUUGUAGUAUCUGCUUAAUCAAUGCACUGCUUGAGAACAUGCUAAGUGCAAAUGCUAUGGUGGCUUUGGAUGGUUCUACCAUAUGGUCUUGGCUAUUGAUGUUCAAAUCCUAAUCUUAAAAUUCUGUCUUCCUAUUUUUUUUAAAUAAACUAUUAAAGAGUGAACUGAA